GCCUGCAGCAGUGCGAUCUCUCCCUACACCACUCACUCACACCUGUAGAAUCCGAGCCUACAGCUCCACCCGGCAUCCACUUGCCAAAGAAGGUGAUCACACAGCAGCAGCAUCUUUACGAAAACUAGAAGAGGUGACCAGCCUGAUCAUAAGGUACAUUUCAUAAUAACUAUGUGCCAUGCUCGGACAUCAUGGAAGAAAUUUAUCUUUGGUUUCUUCAUUGGAUUCCUAACAACAUUCUGCAUUGUCGGCACUUUCCUGAAGAUUGCCUGCACACUGGAGUCAUCUAAACAAUCGUGGAACCCAAAGCCAAUGCCAAAACCAGAUGACAUCAGUGUAAGUGAAGAACUCGCACACAAAGUUCGAGUGCUUUGCUGGAUUAUGACUUCACCUAAAAACUUAAAGACCAGAACCAUCCAUGUCAAAUAUUCUUGGAUUCGUCACUGUAAUAUUUCUUUGUUCAUGAGUUCUACCUCCAGUGAUGACUUUCCGACUAUUGGUCUGGGUACCAAGGAAGGGCGAAGUGAACUCUACUUGAAGACAAUCAGAGCUUUUCAAUAUAUACAUAAACACUACAUAAAUCAGGCUGACUGGUUUUUGAAAGCUGAUGAUGACACUUAUAUAGUAAUGGAGAACCUUAAUCUAAUGCUCUCCAAUUAUACGCCUGACCAGCCUAUCUACUUUGGGAAACUGUUCAAACCUUUUGUCAAGCAGGGCUACAUGAGUGGUGGAGCUGGUUAUUUACUGAGUAAGGAAGCACUAAAGCGUUUUGUGGAAGGGUUUCACUCUGGUAACUGUAGUCAUAGAUCUUCUGUGGAGGACUUGGAACUUGGACAUUGCAUGGAGAUCAUGGGAGUUGCACCUGUUGACACUCGGGACUCUAACGGCAGAGAAACCUUUCAUCCAUUUCCGCCAGAAUUUCACUUAACUAACCAUUUGGAAAAAGAUGACCUUUAUCAUGAUUAUUCUGUUUACCCUGUUGUUGAGGGUCCCAAAUGUUGCUCAGACUUGGCCAUAUCAUUCCACUAUGUGGAUGCAGAACUUAUGCACACCUUGGAAUACUUCACCUACCACUUGAGAGCAUAUGGAUACCAGUACCGUUACCAGCCCCAGUGGCCAGCUCUCACCAACAGACAGCAUAAUGACACCAAGAAACCUAUAAAUAUAAAAACAAAUUUAAGUGAGUCUUCUGCUAUGAAGGAUAUUGGAACAGGUGCUUAAAGCACAGAACUAGCUGCUGCUAAUUUAUUUAGGGUUCCAAAAUGUAGACCUAGGUCUUUCCUCUGUUGUAUACUGUUUGAUGUUUCACACCAGUGCUCUAUAUAAUAGAUAUGUAUCCUGUUAACCUGCAGGCAGGAUUUAAUCUACCCAGAUCUACUCCAUGUGGAGACAGAUUAUAUAUGUAUUUUUGGAUACAAUAAACUAUUUUUU